GCGUAAAUCAGACUCGCUCUCUCCCAAUUCUCAAAUUACUAUUUUACCUCCGCAUUCUCCUUCCCCCAUUGCUCAUCCCGCGACUACAAGUCCAAUUCCUACUCUCGCAACCGCGGAUACUCGCGUUGGAAAGCGGGAGAGCCCGUUCAGUUUGAAAUUUAAAAGAAGCGCUGAAACUGAGAAAGCCAAAAAUUCAAAUCGGAUUUUCGGAAAAGCAAAAAGGAAUUAACUUCCACAACGAAAACCAAGAAGAAGAAGAACCGUCUUGAUUCUCUCUCUCUGCAUCAUCAUCGAUCUCUUUAUAUCCUCCAGGUCUCUCUCGGUUCCCAAUUUCGCAUUGGGCAUGUUUAGAAAUGGAUUUCUACGCGAUGAAGAGGAAGGAGCUGCAAGCGCUGUGCAAGAAGCAUGGGAUUCGUGCCAAUAUGAAGAACACAGAAAUGGCCGAAAGGCUUACCUUGCUUCUUAAGGAAGAUGAAAAUUCGAUAACAGAAGUUAAGCAGGUGGAGAAACAGUUGGAAGCAACUGAAAUGGUGAUUGAUUCGGUUGAAAGUCAGAAAGUUAAGAAAGUGAAGUUCAGUCCUGACAAUGAAACCUUUUACUUUGUGGCUACCGACAAAGACUCGGACUCGGAUUGUGAGUACAAACCAAAGAAGCGGGGCGGAAGAAGGAAGUCUAUGGGGAAGAAGGUUUUGGAGAAGAAGGAAGUUUUGGAUGUGGUUGAAAAUGCAAGAGAAGUUGAAGUAGUGGAAAUUAAGGACACCCCUGUUCGUGUUACGAGGUCUCGAAAGCAACUGCAACCAUCAGGAGCUGUGGAGUCUGUUUUUUCACCUGGUCAUGGGCAAAAGGAAGUGAUAAUUGGUGCGGAAAAUGUUGAUGGGAAAGGUAUUAAACCUGUGAAAGUCCAGAAGGAAUGUAAAGCAGUUGUGCUCCAUGGGGGAAAGGAGGUUGCCAGAGAUGAAGCUAGAAAAAGAACGAGGAACGAAAAUUCAGAAGGCGCUUCCCAAGUGGUGCCAAGUGAUGUUCUCUUACCUAAACAUCCUUUAAGGAGGUCCAGACGAAAAACCACAUUGUUUUCUUCUGUGACUGGUGCCGAGAAGGAGUUGGGAAUUUGCGAAGCUGUUGAAAUCGUGAAACUACCAAGAGAGCCGGUUACUAGAAAGAGUUCUAGUGCUGCUAAAUCUGGAAGGAAGUCUAGUAGGAAUGCAUGUAAAAAGGUACCAGCGGAAACCUGUGAUGACAUAAUUGCAACUGCUGUGGAAAUGGAUAGGCUUGUGCAGGAAUUCCAAGAGCCGUCACUGUUAGAGGAGAGUUCAGUAGUUGUGUAUGAGUCAUUAGAUAGAUCUCCUGUGCUGCAGAUGGGCAAGGAACUGGAAAGAGAUGUUAUUAGAAAACGACCAAGGAAUAAAGACUUUGGAGGGAAUCCUGAAGUUGAGCCAGGUUUGGAAAAUCUACUUCCACCCAAGGCUCGUUCAAGGAGAUCUAAUAGCAAGACUGCAUUAUUGACAGAAAGUAUGCCUGCUGAAAAUAAUUCACCACUUGAAGAACCAAAGAUAGAUGUUGGAUUGGAAAUACAGGAACCUGCAGGAAAUGAAAAUGAAACUGACUCUUGUUUCAACAAAGCUGUAGAAAAGUCAAGAAAGAAGAGGAAGGGAUCAAGCAAGAAGACAGAAUCUGCCACAAAGGAUCAGCCAGUUAGUUUGGCAGCAUCUACUGUAUAUUCGGACAUUGAGAAAGCCACGGAUAUUUUGGCUCAUCUGAACGGAAAUCGGGUUGUGGAAUUUGUGAACUUUCAAGGGACCUCUAUGUUACAUAAGGAACAGAAUGAUGAACAACCCAUCAUUAAUCAUAUCAAAAGUGUUGCAGUAGAAGAUGCCAUCUUCAGUAACUCUACUGUGGGUGUUAUGGAUGAUCCUUGUUUGUCUUUUAACAGAAAGGAUACUGAUCAAGAAAACACAGUUGAACAAAACCCAGUAGCAUCUCCGGGUAAUCUCUGCAGUGUGGUGGUUUCUCCAAAUGCCUGUGUACGUGAUGUUCAUUCAUUCACCUAUCGAUCAGAAUGUGAAGGUCAAACUUCCAACUUAUUGGACUUGAAUGAAGGAUCAGAAUCAGAAGAGUCAUUGAUUGUUAAAUCCAUUAGUCGAAGAGGUGGUGUGCUGGAUGAUCAAUUAGCAAACGGGGUCAUAGCUAGUGUUUCUGAGGAUCAGAAAUCAAUUGACAAUAUAGUGAUGGUUCAAGUUGAUAUGGAUUCUAAAAAGCCUGCUGAAGCUGCUGCAGAGACGGUUGGAGAAAUGCAUGCGGGUAGUACCGUUCCCAGUGAUACAACUCCAAUAGAUUCUUCACUGGUAAAGCAAGUUGGGAAUGAGUUUCAAGCUCAUUGCGUUGGAGGAAUAAAUAUAAAUCAUAUUGGAACAAAUUUCUCUUCUACAUGUGUCUCUGAAGUCCCUGAUGAAACAACAUCUUCCUGGAAUGAAGAGAUACUAUGUAAUCAUGAUAGUACAAAAGAAGUUAUGCCAGCAGAUAAUGAAUCCGCUAAGGCAUUAGAUAGUGCCCAAAUGAUACCAAUUGUUACUGAAGAGAUUCUUCACCAGGCUAUUGAAAGGAACUCAAAUUUUGAUGAAAGUGUUCUUCUGGAUUCACAUAACACAGAUGAUCAGGUUGCUGAAGUUAAAUUUCCUGAAAUCUCAGAUGUUACUGAAGACAUUGAAGAGAAAUAUGAGAAUGAAUCCUCUUAUGGUGAGAGGACGGAAGAAGUUGUGCCAGCCGAUAAUGAAUCUGUUGAGGAAUUAGAUAUUGCUCAAACUUUACCAACUGGUAUUGACGAGGUAAAUGGGGGUACUGAAAAAAGCUCAAACUUGGAUGAGAGUGCCCUUCCUGAUUCAAACAACACAGAUGGUCAGGUUGCUGAGGAUAAAUUCUCGAAUGAAAGCAUUGUCAAUGGCAGUGAAGAAAUUAAAGACAAAUGUGAGCAUGAAUCCUCAGUUGGUGAUAGAAGUCCAAUCACCCUAGCAGAAAGGAUAAUGGAUACAUUUGAAAGUGGGACAAUCCCUGUAGUUUUAAAAUCUGAUGGUGAUGCCCAAAACUCAUCUUCCUGUGGGGUCUCUUGUAGCAAUGAUGAAUAUGAACAAGGGAACAAACUUAAAGCUCAAGGCAUACAUCUCUGUGAAGAAGUUGAGGGUUUGUUGCAUGGAAGCAAGUACCAGAAUUUAUCUUUUGAUGGGAAAAUAGUUGUGAAUGAUCACAUAGUGGCACCCACUAUGAAUUCAAAUCUUGAAUGUGCGAUGGAUGCUGUGGAGGUUGAAAAUGAGAGAAAAUCUUUGAAAGGUCUGGAUAUAGUGGUGUCUGUAGAGAGUGAAGGUGUAGUGAGAACAUCACAAUCUGCUCUCCCACUGGAUUGCAUGAACACUGGUGAUUCUGACUUGCAUAGGGAAGGAAAGGCUUCAUUUGCUACAGAUGAACAGACAUACAAGGAUGAAAAUGCUAGUAUUAGUGAUAAUAUCAGGACCCUUGGUGGGGGUAUUGAGAACAGAAUGAUGGGGAGCAAAGCUGAUAUGGAGGACUAUGUCACUUAUAGAGAAAAUAAUAAUAUUGGCAACUGCUUGACUGAAGGAGAUCGAUACUGCAGCAAGGGUGACAAAAACAAUCAGAAAGAAAAGGAGAAUGUUGAUGAGGAUCUAGCUUUUCAAGAAGAUGAGGAAAAUAAAGAAGGGGCCUGUAAAGUUGAAGAAAUGUUGGAUGCUAUGCCUGAUUUGAGUAUGGAUAAAAAUGCAACUUCCAAGGAACAUAGUCAAGAACUACUUGAUAUCCAGAAAGGGGUUGCUGAACAAGAUGUAGGUGAAAAUUCUGAUGGGCAAGUGGAGGUUAAGCACAGUGAGAAUGCAAUAGAUGCUGGGGACGGCAAAGACAUACUUGAAAAAUGUGAUCAACGUGCUGAAGAGUCUAUUUUGGAAGAUAAUGAAAGAUUAAAAGAGCAAGACAUUGUAUCUGUUAUGAUACAAGAGUAUGUAGAUGGCGAGAAAGAAAGGAAUGGAUAUUUAGAGGUCAAGAAUCCUAAUGUAUCCAUCCAUGAAGAAAGCUUUUCUGAAAUUGUUACAGAUCAGAUGGCAAAUGAAGUUAUAGAAUUUGAAUCACAAGAUAAAGUGAACUUUGGAAGUCCUGACAACUGCAAACAAAUAUCCUCAGAGGUGGAAAAAUGUGUUUCUGCAGCUUCAAGUGACUCCAUAUCUAGGGAUGACAAAACUGCAGAAGGGAUAGCAUCUGCAUGGAAGAUGGGUGAAGAUUCAAGUUCUAAGGAUAUCCGAGGAGGAGAAAGCCUUUCCUUUUCCAUCAGCUCUGAUGGCCAUAGACACAAUAAUGAUGCAGCAGACAUAACUGGUCCUGGAGGCAUGGAAGUUAGUAAGGAGAAUAAUGUGGAUGGAACUAAGAUGGUUGAGCAAAAACUGAUUGGUGGCAGUCUACUGGAAGCAAGGAGCAUGUCAGAUGUGAAAUCAUUUUCUGAUGUCUCUUGGAACAGGCUUGAGUGCGACCUUGGUUAUUCUUUGCACGAUGCUGUAGUCUCAUGCAAGGAUCCUGAAAGGAAGAAUAUGCAUAUGCUAGUUGGUGACAAUGCUAGCACAGAUGGAUUCGGAAUGCUAGAAAGUGUCUCAGGUGAGAAGGUUGAUGAAGGUUUAGAUACUGGCAUAUAUGGUUCUGAGGACACACUAAAUUCCAAAGAGACUGAGGAAAUACUUGAUCUCCAUAAUAUUGGUACUGUGGCCACCUGUUCUGCUGAUUCCACCGAACCCUCAAUGCUGAAACCUGAAAUGGGUGUUGAUUCUCCAUUUUCUGCUUCUAAUUAUGAAAACAAAGCCUUGGAAUUAGAGGCUGCCUCACCCAUAUUGAAUGGUUUUGGGAUGAAAGGACUUUUCAAAGAUGACCAAACUUCUGGACUCAAAAAAGCUGAUUCCACUGAACCCUCUAUGCUAAAAUCUGAAAUGGGUGUUGAUUCUCCAGUUUCUGCUUCUAAUUAUGUAGAAAACAAAGCCUUGGAAUUAGAGGCUGCCUCACCCAUAUUGACUAGUUUUGGGAUGAAACGACUUUCCACAGAUGACCAAACUGCUGGACUCGAAAAAUCAGGUCUCGAGAUGUCAAAAGGCAAUUCAAAGAGUGAACAUAUUGAGGAUGUGAAUAAUUUAAAAGAAAGUAUUGAUAAUUCACAAGUUGUAGAGGAACUUCAUCAUCAGGAGAAUAAAGUGAUCAGGGAAGUGGUGGAGUCGAAAUCCGCUCAGGAAAUGUAUAACCAUUGCCUUACUGGUUCUGCUAUUAUGGAUACUAAUGUGCACAUUCCAAGUUUUUGGGAUGAGUCAACAGAAGUAGAACCAUGCCUUGAUAAUGCUUGUGCCAAACCUCAAACGUGUAAUGCUGCUGCCAUUGCCUCAGAGUUUAAUGUUUCUUCAUCUUUUGGAGAUCUAUGUGACUUAAAAGAGUUUAGUAAGGCUGACAGUGAAAGUGCAAAAGAAAAGGUGGCGACUGAUGAUUGUUUGGGAGAUCAACCAUCAGAAAAUUUGAGAGUUUCGGAAGACCUAGAAGCUCAUACAAUGAUUGGUAACGUAAUGGUGAUAAACCAGGAAGAAGAUGGAAAUUCUUUGCUAUCAUUUGGUUAUGUAGGUGCCAAUACAGUGUCUCCAGAAAAAGUGGUUGGGUGUUUGGAAAAUAUGGCUGCUGGUAUUGAGGUUUCAAAUCUGAGAUUAAAUGAAGCACCAAGUUCCAAAGAUUCUACUUUUGAUGAACAGAGUAAAUGCAAUCUUUGUGAUGAUGUACUGGUCGAUGGCAGUAGAGACAAUAAUGCUGUUGCAGACAAAGUUAGUACUGGAAGUACGGAAGCAAUAAUUGGUAUUAAGAAUGUUGGUGAUGGAAUUAAGUCGGUAGAAAAAACCCCGCAACCAUUGGAAGGUGACCAUCUUUUGGAAGAAAGAGACUCUUCAUAUGGCAAAUCAUUUUCUGAUAUUUCUCAUAGCAGGAAUGAAGGUGAUUCUACUUUCUCCUUGCACAAUGUUCCAUUCUGUUGCGGUGUUUUCAAAAAGAGACAUCUGUCUGUGCAAGAAGGUAGAGGCUUGAAGGCAGGAAGAGUCUCAGGCUUGAAGUUUGAAGGUGUAAAUGCUGGCAUAGAUGGUUUUGCUGAUCCUCCUGCUACUGCUUCAAGGCAUGAAAUUAAGGCCUUGGAGAAUGUAGCCUCGCCUGUAGCCAACAGUCUUGGGAUGGAUUGGCUUUUUGGAGACAAUGAUGAAGUUAAGAAAUCAGAUGCAGAGAUGUCAAACACCAAUUCAACUAGUGAAGAUGUUAAGAAUGGGAAUGGAGGUGUAGCUAUUCCACAAGUUGGUGCAGGGGAACUUGGAGAGCAUAAGCAUCAACCAAUAGAAGUUGGGAAGCUGAAAUCCACUCAAGUAUUGGGUAUUCAUUGCCGCCCAUGUUCUCCUGUUACAGAGAUCUCUAGUCAUGCAAAACUGGAUUCAUUCAGAGAGAAAGCUCUGGAGGCAAAUUUGGAGAGAAGUAUUAGUGUUUCUACUGCACAUGGACGGAAGAAGAACAGAGAUAUUUUUAUCCCUAGAACUCCAAAGAAUCUGAUCAAUGAGUCUGAUAUGAAGGAAAACUUCAAUGCCAGAAAGAGUGAACCAGUAACAAACAUCAGUUCAGUAAAACCUCUGCAUGGCAGGCGAGCACUGGAGGAUCUGCAAAACAAGUAGACUUACUGCUCGUCUGUCUUUGCUCCUAUUGUCUGUCCACUUUUGAAACAUGUAACUUUGGACCUUUCUUGAACAUGAUCUGAAGGUUCGGUACCCUUGAUUCCUGAUGUUAUGUUUGUCUGAACAACUAAUGUUUAUAUAUAUUGAUGUUCAUAUUUCUGCUGUGUUGCCAUUCAAAAUGUUGAUGUUCACAUUUGUGCUGUGUUUCCACGAAAUGAAUAUGCAAUGCAAUAUAUCUUUCAUUUGUGUU